AUGAACCACAACCCCGGAACCGGUCAGGCACCCGGUCACCCCGGAACCGGUCAGGCACCCAUCUCUAUGGGAGGGAACCCCAUCUCCAUGGUAGGGGCAGGCAACCCCAUGGUAGGGGCAGGCAAUAACCCCAUGGGAGGUAAUACCAUGGCAGGGGGAAGUAACCCUACGGGUAACCCCACCGGUAACAGCCCAGGGAGCAAGGACUCCGCAUCCAACGACGAGCACCUCCACAGGGUACGCAAGCUCUACAACACUCUCAAACAACAGGAACACCAAAACCUCCUACAUCCAUCCGUCCUCUCCCUCUUGUUCGCCAACGAAGGCUGCCUUCUUGCGGGCGCUGAAACUGAAAAGUUGCUGUGUCGAAUUGUGGAGUUGAAAGCUCGGAAACUGAUUGAGAGCGUGUCGCCGGCUGACCGAGAGUAG